CGUACGCACGCACGGCACGCACGCACCGGUACGCGGUUGCCGAUGAGCGUGGAUAUAUGGCGGCGCGAGUACUCUUGCUGAGUGUCUUGAUCACGGAAGUGCUGAAGCCAGCUUGCGCCGCAGGUGUUAAAGGUAUUGGAGGAAAUAUCAGUGGCAGGAAUGUGUCUAAGCAAGACAGUGACAUUGGUUUGACUAAAAGGUCUGGAUUGACGGUGGAAAUUCAACCUAGUGGCCAUGUGAUACUAGGAAAAAAGGGGAUCACGCUUAAUUGCAUAGCUGAUUCGAAUGAGACUGUGACCUGGUUAUACAAUGGAAUACCAGCACCUCCAUGUGGUCUUACUCGCUGUGUUCUUUCCAAUGGCUCUCUUCAAAUUUACAAGAAACAAAAUUCACAAGUGCAAAAGUUCAAAGGAAAGGAAAGAAAUAGUAUUGUUAACCAUAAUAAAGAUGAAUAUCGCUGUGUAAUACGUACUAAUUUAGGAGAGUUGAUAAAAUCUGCUCCCACCUUUAUUCAAAUAGCAGAACUUGCCCAUGUAUUUAAAGAAUCUCCAGAAAAUAUUACCAUUUAUGAAGGCGAAGUUGCAAGAUUGUCUUGCUUGAUCGACAGUGUUCCUUUCCCACCCAAUAUUACAUGGCAGCAUAAUGAAACAUUGUUAUCUUAUCAUAAUGAAUCAAAGUAUUCUACGGUACCACCAGGUGUUCUGUAUAUAAGUGCAACGAAACUAUCAGAUGCUGGCUCAUAUAGAUGUAUAGUUACUAAUGAAUUUUUAAAGAAGACCAAAAGGAGCAAAGAAACAAAAUUAAUAGUUAUAUCGAGAGCAGAGAGUAACAAGUCACAUACGCCGUCGUCCUUGUUCCCACAGGUUUCAUAUGAUCAUUGGCUGCUUAAUGGUUCGAGUCUUAAUUUGGCAUGUGUCGCAUCUGGUUAUCCAUCGCCACUCGUAACAUGGUCAUUUAUUCCUCGUUAUAUAGAUAAUGUUACAAAACCUCGCAUCCUUCUCAAUUCCACCACUGGCAUUAGUAAACUGUCAUUAAGGAGCGUGAACGUUUCUGAUGCCGGUGUCUAUAUGUGUUCUUCACAGAAUUCUAUCACCAAUGAUUUAGAAGUACAGAAUAUAACCGUAGAUGUAUUAGUACCACCGUCAUUUAUAAGUACGCCGACGGAUCAAAUCUGUCCAAAUGGAAGAACAGCGAGAUUCGAGUGUCAGGCGCAAGGAUUACCUUUACCUCAAAUUUAUUGGCUAAAAGACUCGUUGAAUAUUACUAUUAAUGCACGCAGAACAAUUUACGUUAAGGAAUACAAUAAAACAGAAUUAGCAAUAUCAGCAACAGUGCCGUCUGAUUCUGGCAUAUACCAAUGUGUGGCAGUAAAUGCAGCAGGUGAAAUUUGGGCUGCUGGCCGGCUCCAAGUAAUUACAUCGCGCAAUAGUCCUGAUACACCCACUUCUCUAAAGUGUCAAGCUCUUUCACCAUUUAAAAUCUUGAUUUCUUGGGAACCACCAAAGUCUGUACCAUAUACCAGUAUUACAGCUUAUACCGUCCAUUAUAGUCCUUUAGAAGGUGGUAAAGAGGAAGUUUCGCCAGAACCAGGGAAUUCUACGUUUGUAGAAGUAACAAAACUUCUUGAGCCGUUUACAAAUUACUCGUUUUAUGUACGAGUGUGGAAUGCUUAUGGUGCUAGCAAUCAAUCGGCUACCAUUGUGUGUUCCACAGAUCCAAGUAUUCCUAAAGGCACACCAAAAAUGCACGUGGAUAUAAUCAGUAGUACAAAAUUAAAUGUAUCGUGGGAACCUCUGAGUAAAAAGGAAUCUCGCGGUGUUGUGGUGGAAUAUAAACUACUGUGGAAACUUCAUCACAGUUCGUCCUUCAGAUGGGUACAGCAUCUACCUGCCUCUGUUCAUUAUUACAUACUUUCUGGCCUAGAACCUGGGGCGCAAUACGAUCUUCGGGUAUUGGCAAGAACAAAGCAAGGCGAACCAAAUAUUAGUGAAGCAGAAUUAGAUUGGGUUAAUGUAACUAUGCCAUCUGCAGAAUCUAAUCAGUUUACUAUAAGGAAUGUUGUAGAUAUUCAAGUAUUGAUAAUAAACGCUUCAAUAAUCAAGAUGAAAUGGAAGAUUGAUUUCAAACAAAGUGAUGAAAUUGAAUCAAAGUUUGAUUCUUGGAAAAUUUAUUGUGAAAAUCAAAAUGGCGAAAAAUUAAAGAAUAUUAAUUUACCACAAAAUAUUACUGAAUACUUAUUUACUGAUCUUGAUAUGAAUGUUUCUUAUACUAUGCAUCUAUGUAUGGUGAACUCGGGUGAGACAACAGCUUGCCUGACAAAAUAUGUGGAGACCGUACAAUCCGAUCCUAAUAUCGUGCCAAUGGCGUUAGAGGCUAUUCCCGUCUCGCCCACAUCUAUCAAUGUGUCAUGGACAUUGUCUGAUGUGAAUGACGUGAACUCAUUCGAAUUCUGUUAUCAUCCGGUGCAUGCACAAAAUUCUAACAGUUCUAAAUGUACUAUCGUAAAUGACACAAAAACGAGUAUUGACAAGCUGAAGCCGUUUACUUUAUACGAGUUUAAAGUAACAGCUAUUAAGCAUGAUGCAAAUCAGAGCAACUUCUAUAGUAAAUCUAUAGAAUGCUAUACAAACGAAGAUGUUCCUGGUCAAGUCGAGAAAUUACAAUGGUACUUGGUGAAUAAUACGAAAGUACAAAUUACAUGGGAUGAGCCGAGCAACAUAAACGGCGUUAUACAAAAUUAUUUUGUCAUGUAUUCCAUGGAUUCAUCAAUGAUGUGGAGCAGGAAUGUGACCGUGGUUGGCAAUAAAAGAAUGACGAGUCUACCAGGUUUAGUACCGGGGAAACACUAUUUCGUUAAGGUACAAGCAGCGACGAAAGCCGGUUAUGGAAAACCGUCGAAUACUAUUGCCGUUUUUACUGGUGGUACUAAUCUUAACGAUAGUAAUAGCGAUGGUGGCAGUGGAACAUCAAAAGUACCUGCCCCAUCAGGUAAUGAGAAAAACUCUAAGCCUGAUCAAAGUCUAGGCGUAAUCCUUGGAGUGGGCAUAAGCGUCGGAUUUAUCAUGAUAUGCCUAUGCAGUAUAUACUGCCGAAGAAAGUUCGAGAACUCUCGAUUGAGAAACGACGCUCAAUCUACGAACGGGUGCGCGCUGUCGCGAAACAGAAACGGAUGUUGCAUGGAACAGUCCUCUACGUCCGUAAGCCAGCAAGCAAAUACCGCCGGUGUCCCGAAUGAAAUUGAAUUGGCGGUACUGUGCCCGUCGUCGCCGAUAGAAACAAAUCCGCAUUCGGACGCGAAGGGCACACAGUCUAAUGGGAUUUUCGAAAUUUGCGCGAAAGAACCCUUAUUAUCUCCGUGGGAGGUAAAUGGAGGUUCGAAAGAUGUCCAUAUUAUGGAGAAUCCUCAGUACAAAAGGAGAGGCAGUUCUGCCUCGAAUAAUCAACAGGAAGAGGAAGAGGAGGAGCAAGAUUUAGAAGGCACGCAGCUCACAAUGGUCAAUUGUACUUUAGGCAGUAGCGCUAGCAGUUUAAAUAACAAUUCAGGAUGUCCGGACGGUGAGACUUCAUCAUCGCCGAAAGCCACGUGCGCAUCCGUUCCGGCGCUUGGACCAAACGGGUGAAAGUGCGUUAGGCAAUACGCUAAAGUGUUCAAUGCUUCUCAGCGGUAUCAAGGUACAACAGGUAGGAGUAUAUGAAUUCUCCUAUUUUCUCCUUUCCUUAUGGUCGACACGCCGCCAUCGAUCAUGUUUCGUCAUGUUCCAAGAAUCAGCGCGCGAGAAAAAGAAAAUAGUGCGAUGUUCAGCCACGAAACAAAAAUGAAAGCGAUACAAAGUUAUAGCUUUACAAAGCAGAUAUUGUCUGACACACGAUCGAUGUAAAUAAUAUUGUUUCGGAAGAAAUUGUGACGUUAGGCGCCACACGUCGCAAGUACGAGCGGGACGCAUUCAUCUCCCGAGGAAAACAAAACUCGUCUGCAUGAAAAUUUCAGCGAAUUUCAACUCAAUUCUAAAAUUCUUUGCACGCUUGGCAUUGUGCACUCACAGUGCGCAAUGUGCAGUAAUCGUGUGGAUGAUACUUUAAAUGUUUACCAAACUCGUCGGUGUAUACAGAAUUAUUCUAAAUACCACUUGUAAGAAAAAAUGAAGUAUUUUUGAAGGGAACGAUACAAGCUCGAUAAUUAAUUCUAGAAAGAUAAGCAUAUUUAAAAGUCUAAUAAAGAUAAGCAUUCAAUUUAAAUUUUGUGUUAAAGACUUUGACAUAUGAGAUUUAAAUUGAAUGGAAUUAUUUCAAGCAAGCUGGCUAUAAGUGGUGAUUGAGAGGAUUCUAAGAAAGGAAAAUAGCCGCUACAAAAUGCAGAAAAGAACAUAGAAUUAGCUUAUGAUUCUAGAGUUAAAUUAAACUAAAAACUGAAUCGACCGAGAAAAAAGAUGUUCUCUUCUAAAUAAGGUAUUUAAGAGAGAAGAAAACCAGGAAUAUGUCUCGGUCUAAUAACUGCAUAAUUAAAGCGUCUUUUAAUAUUAAAGUUUUAUGAAAAGAUAUUCACACACAUAUUCGCAACAUUUAACAUACAUUAUUUAACAUACAUUACUGACAAAUUUAUUGCAAUAAAUUCAAUUCUUCAUUCAGACUAUCUAAAUGCAAACGAAAUGCAACGUUAACUAUUGCUUCAAGAAUGCUUAAUUCAUCACUCUCUAUUGAUUCUCAAAUAUAUCGAAUAAUUCUGUGUAAUACGCAAGUUACGUAAACAUGUCGAAAAUUUAAAGACGCGCAAACAAAAUGGACUGAAAUAAAAAAACAGUAAGUUUCCGAUGCCUCUGUACAUAGAAUAGAAUAAUUGUUGAUUGUGAAUAUGUUCAUAAAAAUAUUACCCUUUGAAUACCGACAGUGAAAAGAUGUGCGAACGUACAUUCCUUCGCGUGUGGGAACAGAAAAAUUGCUGAAUAUAUUCGGGCAUAGCAUGGCCUAAAGAUUGAUGAAGUUUCAUUUUGACAACGGUUUUUGGACUAACGACUGCUUAAAAUGGAACAGAGACACUGACCAUUCCAAAAUAAGUUUUCCAUUCAUAUUUAAUUAAUUAAACAAAGAGAAAACAUUUAGUAUUAAGAAAACAGGGAAAGGCUCUAACCAGACGUUUUUCUUAGAGACGUUAAGAAAAUUUUUUAUUUCGUGUUUUCUUUUUUCUUCUUUUUCCUCUUUCCCUCUCUUUUCUAUUUUUUUUCCUUUAUAUUUUAAUGUACCGUAUGUGUGUCAUUAAGGUAUUUCUUUCACAAAAGAAACGUUGAUUUCUUCGAGAGUUAAAUUUUUUUUGCAUUUGGAGCUAGUGUGCAUGAUAAAUGAAGGAUUUGUUGAAUAGCUCUUAAAAUAUUUGAUGUAAGUUUUGUAUUAGUUUAAAGUGAACUCUAUCGAUAUAUCAUACUUUACAUUUAAAAGGAGAUCCUAUGAAUGGGAAGAAUAUUCAGAAAGAUUAAACGUGCUCGGAAUAUCGCAAUUUGAAUGAACUGGCGUGUAAACAGGCCAUCUUGUUUUUUCAUAAUUGUUUACUUCUGUAAGAGAUCUUGAAGACUGCUGUAUUAAUAGACGAUAUUUUUAUAAUUAACAGAUAACUUCGUCGGUGGGUGUUUACAUGAAAAAAAA